AGGUUAGACGCACAGACGUCUAUAGAUGUGUUAGGCGUCAUAUCGACCGACCUGUAGCGUUUAACAGGUGGAUUCUCUAUCGGAGUGUCGAUAAGAAGAGCAUAGAUUUUGGUGUUUGAAAAUGUUGAGAAAACGCUUGUUAACAUAUUGUUUCGCGUUUGCCGUUUUUUUCAAGUUUACGAGUAGCUAUAAUGUCAAGAAAUAUUCGCUGCUUAUGCCAAACGUGAGACCUGAUACGCCUGAAUUGUAUCUGUGCACUCCAGUUCGGGUAGAUUUUACAAAAAAUUAUUAUAUCACUGGUUUUGAGCCAAAUGCAACAAUGGAAACAGCUCAUCACAUACUCGUCUAUGGUUGCUCAAAGCCGGGUAGUGCAAAACCAGUUUGGAAUUGUGGAGAAAUGAUUAGUUCAAAUCAAAAUACAGCAUCUCCUUGUAGCGAAGGGACUCAGAUUAUUUACGCAUGGGCAAGGGAUGCUCCUGUAUUAAAUCUACCAGAUGGAGUGGGCUUUAAAGUAGGUGGGGACUCUUCUAUACAGUAUAUUGUCUUGCAGGUGCAUUAUGCACAUAUCGAUCACUUCAAGGAUGGCAGAACAGAUAACUCAGGUGUAAUUUUACAUUAUACAACACAUGCAAUGAACAAAUUGGCUGGGAUCAUUUUGUUAGGAACAGGUGGCGUUAUACCACCUAGAGAAGUAGUACAUAUGGAAACUUCUUGUCCUAUAAUAGAAAAUAAGACUAUUUAUCCAUUCGCAUAUAGAACGCACACUCAUUCACUUGGAAAGGUAGUAUCUGGUUAUGUGGUAAAACCGAAUAACGAGUGGAUCGAACUCGGUAAGAGAGAUCCAUUGACUCCUCAAAUGUUUUAUCCCGUUACUAACAAAGUUCCAAUUACCUAUGGUGAUAGACUGACGGCGCGUUGUACGAUGGAAAAUAUACGCGAUAGACCCACCUAUAUAGGUAUGACAAAUGAAGACGAAAUGUGUAACAUGUACAUUAUGUAUUAUGUUGAGAAUGAUACUCCCUUAAAACGAAAAUAUUGCUUCUCUCAAGGACCACCUAUGUAUUAUUGGAGCCAAGAUUUCAUAAAUAUUCCUGACAAAGAGGCAUCUACAUUGUAAUAUUCCUAAU